AUGGGCAUCCUCCGCAAGACCAUCUUCACGGGCCUGCUGGGCACCUCGACGGCCUGCGCGUAUCUCGCGGCCAAGAACCCCGUCAUCUCGCCCCUCUCGCCGUCAGACCCCAUCUGGAGCUCGCGGCUGUACAAGUCGCACAAUCCCAACAGGAACCCCGCCACGCAGGAUGUCUGCAUCAAGCGCAUCCCCGUGAGCAAGAUCCGCCCCGAGCUGCUCCAGAGUAACGGCGCUCUGGCCCUCGAGUUUUGCCGUGGUGUCUGGAGCGGAUACGGCCUUGCUGUCCAGCGAAAAUAUCUCGCAUGGAAGUGGCGCGGCCCGGAGACAGAGAACCAGCUCUGGGAGCAGGAAGACUUUGCCACCAGCAACUAUGACAAGGGAACUCAGCUCAUGAACCACUUUGAGGUUGUUGAGAAGACCCCGACCUCGAUCACUGUGCGCUGCGGCGACUCUCCCCACAAUCGCGCCCUCCGCCCCUCAGACGGCCUCUUCACCAUUAGCGCUACCGUCGACAAGGUGCGCGGCGAGGUCGAGCUUAGCCUCAGGAGCUGCCUCUUCUCUAGUGAGGGUAAGGUCGAAGGAAUCAGGGGCCCUAUGCCCCCUCACAUCGAGGAGCUUCACCAGUGGUAUGCUCGCCUUUGGUCCGAGACUGGAUCCUGGAAGCUGCUGAAGUAA